AUAGACGGCUCAGAAUUGACUCAGAUAGAAAUUAGUAACCUCUAAUGAAAAUUAUUUGAUAUUUAAUCAAUUGAAAAAAAAAAAAGUGAUAAAACCUUUAAGCGAUUAAUUUUAGUAAUAUCAAACCAACUUUAUAAUGAAGAUCGACAAAUUUUCGAAAAUCAAAAAGAGGAAAUCGAGAGAACGUGACCGAUGUUUGCCAGAAAUCAAUCCUAAUAAGAUCGAUCUGUCAUCCGUCACCGCUAAGAUUGACAAUAAAGCACCAAGAUUGAAUCCUGAGAGUUAUUUAAAAUCUCGACAACUAUUGGAAGACACAGAUCGUUUGAGAGCAAUAGAUAGAGAAAAUUUACAGCUUGUACAACGUAUAAAUCUGAUUCACCGCUUAGGUGGCAAAGUUGACUGUUGGUUCACUCCAUCUGAUAAAUCAUACAAAUCAAAAUUGAUUGAAAUGGAAUCGGAUAGAACAAUGAUCACUAGAGAGAAUAAAAAAUUAUUGAAAUCAAUCAAUUCUAGUAGAUCUUCAUACCCAACAUCGGAAUAUUUGAAAGAUUGGAAACGCAUCGAAUCAAAUAUGGAACAUACUGCAAAGUGCCCAUUAAUUUGGAAGAGUCCUAACGAUAAGAAUGCAAUAAGCGGUGGAUCGACAUUCUCAAAAAAUCUUUCACAUUGUUACUUCGACAUAGAAUUAGCAGAAUCUUCGGAAAAAUUAGGUCGCAUAGUAUUUGAACUAUACCUUGAUAUAGCACCUAUGACUUGUGCAAAUUUUGAAAAGUUGUGCCGCGGUACAGAAGGACUGUCUUACAAGAAAACACCGUUUCAUCGGAUAUUACCAAAUUACUGGUGCCAAGGGGGCGAUGUGACGAAAUUUAAUGGUGCCGGUGGCAAAUCGAUUUACGGUGAUAAAUUUGAAAAUGAAAAUUUCACUCUUAGUCACAUCGGUCCGGGUGUUUUAUCGAUGUGUUGCAGCAAUAGAUCGGAGGAUAAUAAAUGCGAUUCGAAAUUCAAUAUCACGUUUAAUUCGCUACCAACGAUGGACGGAAGAAGGGUAGUUUUCGGAAGAGUAAUCAGGGGGUUGUGCAACCUCUAUAAGAUUGAGGAAUUGGGAUGCCGAUCGGGUAAGCCGAUAAAAAAGGUGAUCAUAUCCAAAUGUGGAGUACUGUUACAGGGCACGACGAAGAAAGAUUAUUAACAGAGCAACUCGAUUGGUAGAAGAACAUGGAAUUUUUUCUUAGAUAAUAAGCAG